UGCACCGAGAAGCCGCUCCCCUCUGCCAUAAAGCAGCAACAAGAAGAAGACCGAUUCAACAACAGAGGAUUCGUGUUUCUCACCGAGAACGCCAGAAGGUAUCUGGUUCUUCCAACAGUCCAAAUGAAGCCUCCUCCUCGUGUUCGAACCAAGCGCAAGCGGACCGAUGAGUUUGGACCUGAGGAGGAACCCGAGCAAUGCAAACGGGCCAAGAAGUGGAGUCAAGGGGAGCUGAGGAGACUUCUGCACGCUCUGAGAAAACUCUCCAGGGGCAGAAACACCAACAGCCCAGAAGGAAACAUCGACUACGUUGUUCUGCAACAAAGCUUUAGUAAUCGGUCCAUUUCACAGAUCUCCACAAAGGUGGAGUCUCUGAAGAACAAAGUCAUCUCCUGUGCCAGCCUCCAGCUGCAGAAGAGUAGGCAGGAGGAGAAGACCAGGAAGCCCAUCGAUCAGUGGACCAACAUGGCCUCUGCUCUGACUGGAACUCUUCAAGUGAACAUCGCUGAUGCUUUUGCUCAGAUGCUGAACAUAUCGUCCACAGAACCGUGCACUCUGAGGAACUGUGACUCAUCCCAGGUCCACCGACCACCCACGGAUAAAAGCCAGAUUGGUCCAACUGUCCCUCGUGGACAGAUCCGAGGUGAAGCUCCUGACCCUGUCCCUUUUCACUUGCAUUUGAAAACCCCUGCUCCGACCUUGGGUCCUGCCAGAAGACUUCCUACGCCAUCUCCAAUCAUCAGAGUGCCGAAUAAAAACUGUUCAUCCCAGAAACAAGCAGCAGCCUCCACCCAGUUACCCACCGCACCCCAGCAGCCACAUGGAUCUACAGGACCUGUUAAACCAGGUGGUAACGCUGCAGAAGCAGCGGAGGCUCCGAGAAAUGAGCCACUGGUCUCCAGUUCCACUUCAGCAUCGGCCUCCUGCAGUUCUCUGAUGCCUCCCUUUCCCGCUGCUACCAGUCUCACAGAUCCCAGUCGUGUCCCGCCCACUGCUUCCACCCAUCCCUCUGCUCCUCUCUCCAGCACCACAGCUGCUCUGCAUACUGGGCUUGAACAAACCAGUAAACACCCUACAACCGACCAGCCCAGUGCAAAUGAAGGCACAUGUGCAGUGGACUUUGAGAGGAUCUACAGCUUCCUGAGUGCUAACCAGAACCCCAGUGAGAGCAUUCCUCUCACACCGAUGGAAAGUGCAAUAGUUCUGGACCUGCUGAUGGCUCUUCCAGAAGAACUUCCUUUGUUGAACUGUGGAAAACUUCAGAAGCACCUGUGUCAGGUGUAUCGGUAUAUGUCGACUGCUGCUGACGCCAAGCUGCUAAGCCAGCUGCAGGGACAGGACCAUGUCCAGAAGGAGGCCCACAGGGCUCAGGACUUCUGUCCGUCAGACCCAACCGGGACCACAGACAAAAGAAAGUUGAAUGAAGCAGAUGGGCCAUCAUCAGGGAAGACCACUACAGAUCAAUCACAGGCCGUUCUAAUGGAGUCCUGUCCCCCCCUAAACCCAUUUAUGGUACCAGUGAAACUGUUGAAGAGGAAGCAGCGUCCAGAAUUAAGCAGGAUAUGGACAAUGCGGAAGGUGAAGAGGCGAGGAGCGCAUCUGAGGGUGGUGAUUCCGAGGAUGGAGCGGAGAUCAUGAGGACUCCAGAGCGGGGUAAGGUCGCCAAGUCUCCCCCAGUGACUCUUCCUCGUUACGAUCCAGAGUCUCCGGAACCGCGGCCUGGUUCGGGACCGGUGUCACCUGAUCACGCCCGGCUACAGGUGCGACUCGCAUGCCUGAAAUAUGAGGCCGAGGACAAACAGCGAAGGCGGGAGUUUGAGCUUCGCAAACUGGAACUCGAACUGGAAGCUGACAC